CUCUGUUUCAUACAACCCAGCCGAGUUUCAUUCGGAAAUGUCCGGUGUAUUAUGCCAUCUGGAUGAAGUAGAAACACAACUGAGCUGUCUUGAGGCAUGGAUAAAUUUACCUGUCGACUGCUUUAACCCUGCUCUGCCUUCUUCCGCCUGCACCACCGGCUUUCCUGUUACUACAGUAGCGACUACAACUACUUCCAGUACCGCAACUACCACAAGUCUCGCAAACAGUAGCGGUGGCAUUUCUGUGGCUACUACAUCAGGAGAGCCAGAGAUAGAUUAUGUUUGUCAGGAGGCUCAGUUCCUUGUCGAUGUUGUCUCCCAGUUACAAGCAAGUCUUCUAUCAAUGGUUUCCACCCAACCUGUCUCAGGGUUUGUCAGCCAUCUUGUUAAAAACUCUGUAAUUGAGGAAGUUUGUCCUGAAACGUCUGGAGCACUUGUUUCUAGCCCUGCUACCCUAGCUCAUCCAAGUGGUGAGAUCAAAGACGGAAUAACUUUGACAGGACCCGGUAAUCGGCGUUUAAGG